AAAUAAAUGGAGUUCCCGCUUAAUUUCUAAAGGCGCUAUCUUAGAACUGGUUGGCUUAUCUACUUACUUGAGUUUCACCAUUAUUUCAUUUUUGUGUAAUUACCUAAUAUUGUAGUGCGGAUGUAGUCUAUAGCGAUUAAUUAACAUGGUUGUCGAAAGAAUUAGGUUCUUAUUUCGACUGGGCGCUGUAAUUUUCAUGUAGUUCCUGAUUGUUUGUGAAUGGGAAAUAUACCGUGUAAUAGAUGAUGACCCGUGUCCUGUUGGUUAUGUUCACUUUUUCCAACGUUUUCCUUUGAAGACGAGCGUUAGACAGUAAACCAGCUUUUAUCUGGCCUUCAUUUUUUGCGUUCAAUGUCUGAAGAAACCGUAGUAACCCUAUGACGAUUGCUUCAAAAUAAUUUAAAAUAUAGUGUAGUCAAGUUUUCUAAUAAUCACUUUAAACAUUCGUCCACUCAUCAUUUUGUAUGGAUUUUUGUUCAAGCAUAACCCUACCGUUUACACUUAACGAAGCAUUUGUGUAAUUAUUCAAAGGGGGUUACACCGUUUCUGAAGCGUAUUCUUUAAUAAAAAUGAUGUUGCAUCCUUCAGAUUCUGAAGAUAUUGUCGAAGAGAGAGUAAUAAAUGAAGAAUACAAGAUAUGGAAGAGGAAUACUCCGUUCUUGUACGAUAUGCUGAUGUCACACUGCUUGGAAUGGCCAAGUUUAACUGCUCAGUGGUUGCCAUCUGUGGAAAGGACUGGGCGAGAUUACUCCGUUCAUCGUUUAAUACUGGGGACUCACACAUCUGAUGAGCAAAAUCAUUUAUUGAUAGUUACGGUUCAUCUACCAAAUGACCAGGCAGAGUUUGAUGCAAGUGCUUAUGAUAGUGAACGAGGUGAUUUCGGGGGAUUUUAUUUUCCAUCUGGGAAGUUGGAAAUAUCAAUGAAAAUAAAUCAUGAAGGUGAAGUCAAUCGUGCUCGGUUUAUGCCACAGAAUCCAGACAUAAUAGCUACCAAAACACCAAGUGGUGAUGUUUUAAUAUUUAAUUACCCAAGACAUCCACCGAAAACUCCAUCAGACCGUGGUUGCCAACCUGAUUUACGUCUCAAGGGUCAUCAAAAAGAAGGUUAUGGUCUUUCAUGGAAUGUGUCUCUUAAUGGUCAUCUCCUUUCAGCAUCUGAUGAUCAGACAAUUUGUUUGUGGGAUGUUAAUGCUGCUCCUUUAGAUGGCUGUGAUCUAGAUGCGAUGGCUAUCUUUACGGGUCAUCAUUCAGUAGUUGAGGAUGUUUCUUGGCAUCUUUUCCAUGGACAUAUUUUUGGUUCAGUAGCAGAUGAUAACAAACUUAUGGUUUGGGAUACACGGAGUUCAAAUCGUACAAAACCUCAGCACCAAGUAGAUGCUCAUACAGCCGAAGUCAAUUGUCUUGCUUUUAAUCCGUUUUCUGAGUUUAUUAUUGCGACGGGAAGUGCAGACAAAACUGUUGCUCUUUGGGAUCUGCGUAAUCUUCGGCUGAAGCUACAUUCAUUUGAAUCUCAUAGGGAUGAAAUAUUCCAGGUCCAGUGGUCUCCACAUAAUGAAACCAUAUUGGCAAGCUCAGGGACUGAUCGUCGUCUUCAUGUCUGGGAUUUAAGUAAGAUAGGUAUUGAUCAGACUGCUGAAGAUGCGGAUGAUGGACCUCCUGAGUUAUUGUUCAUUCAUGCUGGGCAUACAGCAAAGAUUUCAGAUUUUUCUUGGAAUAUUAAUGAUCCGUGGGCUAUUUGCUCUGUAUCUGAGGAUAAUAUUUUACAGAUCUGGCAAAUGGCUGAGAAUAUAUACAAUGAUGAUGAAAUAGAGAUGGGGAAUCCAGAACUUGAACAGCAUUCUUAGCUCGCUACUUUCUAAUCCAUUUUGUUUUAUGUUUUCGUAUAUUCUGUGUGUUUCCUUAACGUUGUGUAUAUAAGAUGCACCAAGAAAUAAACAUCAAAUUUUGUGUUUUCUACACAUGGUUGUUAUUUUGCUAAUUCAUCUAUUGAGUAAACGUUUAACUUUGAAUUGUGAUCAUUAUAAUUGAUAAAGUGAUA